CUUGUAUUUAAUUUUACAGAAGUUUUGGUUAUCAUUCUCUAAUGCAUAGAAUGCCAACCAUGUUUUCUGAAAUAAUUGGUUUAUUAAAAGCCAAUCAGUUAAAUUCAUCAAACAAAGAAGAAAUAAACAGUGUUGUUGACAAAUUGGAACUAUUAUUAUUUGAAAUACUGAACAACCAUCCUCUACGAAAAAUUGAUAGUAAUUCUACAUUGGCAUUGAUGUGGAAUCAAAUACUAGUAAAGAAGUUUAAUUCAGAUUCUGUUGUAACAUGGUUUGAUACAGAAUGGCUUUUUACUGAGAAUUAUUUGUACAUCAGAAUAAAAGAGAUUUGUGAAAAAAUGAAAACGUUACAAAAUUAUGAYCCUUUUAAAACACUUAAGUACAAAGCUUUUGAUGAAUCUGAGACAACUAUGAUAGCUAUAGCAGAAUUUUUAAUUUUCCAAUUUUCCAAGGAAGAAUUAGACAGUACAAGUUUGAAAAUACUUUUUAUACAAAUGUUAAAAAUUUGUUUGUGGGGAAAUAGAUUUGAUUUGUCUCUUAACAUUGGAAAGUCAAAAAACAUUACUGAGGAUCCGUUAAAAGCUAUUGUGUCCUUGGAUCAGUAUAUUUUGACUGAUCAUUCAAAUGAAAUUUGGAACACUUUAAAUGUUUCAAAUUAUAAAAAUCAUAAGACAAUAGAUAUUAUUUUGGACAAUUCAAGUUAUGAACUUUUUACGGAUAUGUGUUUGGCGGACUUUUUUAUUACUUAUGGAUUUGCUGAAGUAGUUGUCUUUCACGGCAAAUCUAUCCCAUGGUAUGUCUCAGAUGUGACAAAACCAGAUUUUGAACAUAUCUUAAAUCGUUUAAAAAAUGAAUGCACAUCGAAUGCCCUUCAAAAAAUUGGAAAUAGAUGGACCAAUUAUUACAUGACUGGUAAAUUUGUGAUUGAGUGUGAGGAGUUUUGGACUUUACCUCAUUGUUAUUCAGCUAUGGCCACCGAAGAUUCAGAGUUAUACAAAAAAUUAGCUUGUUCUCAAUUAUUAAUAUUUAAAGGCGAUUUAAAUUACCGAAAACUAAUUGGAGAUAUUAAUUGGGAACUAUCAACUACAUUCAAGGCUGCCUUGUGUAAUUUUCAACCUACAGCUGUAGUGGCUUUACGUACAUUAAAAUGUGACUGUGUAUGUGGCCUGAACUCUGACUAUGAAACUAAGAUAGAUAAAAAUGAUAAAGAAAAUAACUAUCUUAUUUCUACUAAUUAUUGGCAAGUUAAUGGCAAAUAUGCUGUUGUACAUCUAARUGCAUAACAAGCAUUUUAUUUCCCCCGUAGGAAUAAGUAGUAUAUAUUUUAAUAUGUUCAGUUUUGUAUUUGUUAUUACUAGGGUGCUGAUUUGUAUGUAUUUACAUAUUUGUCAUGAAUGAUAGUAUUCGAAUGAUUCCUUUACAGAAAUAUGUUACAGGUCUAUCUGAUUAUUUUAAGUUAUGGUUGAUAUUACAUAUUUUUACAUAUUUAAUCUAAAUUACAUAUUUUUACAUAUUUUACUGAUAUUACAUAUUUUUGUUAAAUAUUGAGCUAUUUACAGAAUUAGUAAUGUAUCGCCGUUUUAUAUUAUGAGUUGUUGGUAUUACUUGGUUACAAGCUGCUGCAUAUUAUUGCGAAAAUUUUAGUGUCAUUGAUGAUGUGAUUUCCAAACUUGAAAUA